AAAAUAACCCAAGUCCCUUCACUAAUCCCUGCCUAUCCUUUUUAUCUCAGGAUUCAGACCAGUCGGAGCAGUAUGGAGCUGUGAGCCUGCAAUCCACCACGAUGCAUCCCAUGCCCCGUUAACCGCGAGCUGUAGCGCCUUUUUUAAUUGUAGUUUAGCUGCUUAGCCUUUUGUAGCUUGCAGGAGUAAAAAUGAGUCGACAUUUUACUGCUGCUUUUUGUCUGGCUUUAGUUGUUCUCCCUUUGUUGUGCAGUUCAUGUCCUGCACAAUGCAGCUGCUUCUACCACAAAUUAAGCGACGGAUCAAAAGCAAGGAGUGUACUUUGCAAUGACCCAGAGAUCACUGUGGUUCCUCCAAAUUUUCCCAGUGACACAUCGAAGCUGCGAAUUGAAAAGACAGCAAUCACACGGAUUUCAAGUGACAACUUCCACUACCUCAACAACCUGGAGUUUUUGUGGAUGUCUUUUAAUUCACUGAAUUCACUGAAUGUGGACAGUUUCCGGGGUCUGCACAACCUGGAUGAGCUCCGGCUAGAUGGCAAUUCUCUGACCUCUUUCCCCUGGGAGUCUCUGACUGACAUGCCAACCCUGAGGCUCCUGGACUUACACAACAACAAGAUCUCCGCCAUCCCAGCCGAUGCCACUAUUUACAUAAAGAAUCUCACCUAUCUGGAUUUAUCCAGCAACACUCUUAACACAGUUCCCUCUGAAGUUCUCACAUUGUGGCUGAGUGUGAAGCCAUCCCAGGAAGCAGAUUCCUCUAAACUAAUUCUCGGUCUCCAUGACAAUCCGUGGAUGUGUGACUGCCGACUGUACGAUCUGGUCCAGUUUCAGAAAUCUCCAUCAUCAUCUGUUGCUCUCAUCGACACCAGGCUGCGGUGCGCUGAUCCAGAGAGUUUGUCAGGGGUUCUUUUCACUGAGGCGGAGCUGCAGAGGUGUCAGGGCCCACGGGUGCACACGGCCGUGGCUCGUGUACGCUCGUCACUGGGCAACAACGUCCUGCUGCGCUGUGGCACAGUUGGAGUCCCCAUUCCCGAGCUGUCCUGGAGCCGCGCUGAUGGCAAGAAGAUGAACGGCACCAUUCAGGAAGAGAUUUCGAAGGAGGGCAUCAUAUGGUCGAUUCUGAGUGUCCCUGCAGUCGCCUACAGAGAUUCUGGGAAAUAUGUGUGCAAAGCAACCAACUUCGUGGGCACUGCAGACGCCAUUAUCUCUUUGGUGAUCACAGAUUCCAUUCAGUCGGAGGAAUCGAUUGCUGCUGUCUCCAAGAAAACAAGAGGGAAGAAACCUGGGGGCAUGGGAAGAGCGGCAUACCAGGAGAAACUUAUUGCCAGAUACGUUCCUCCAUCAACCACCGCAGCUGCUCGGCCCAUAAUCGAACCUCUAAAUGGCAAAGGAGUCACUGGGAAGUAUAAGAUUGAAAGCUACAGCAUCUCUGAUGGUGCUUCUGAGGGUAAAGGCAAGGCAGCAGACCCUCAGAAACCGGUGGAGGUGGACGCUCUGAGCAACCUAGCAGCCAAUGCCUCAUCCUUACAGAAAGUUCCGGAGAAAAGGGUAGUGCGAUCGGUGAAAGUGAUUGGCGACACGGACCAUACUGUCUCUUUGAACUGGCGAGCCCCUACAGCCACAAACAUCACAGAAUUCAGCGUCCUUUAUGCUGUAUUUGGCGAGAGAGACAUGCGUCGGCUGAACGUAGCCGCGGGGAAGAACCGAAUCACCAUUGCCGGUCUUGUGCCUAAAACAAAGUACAUUGCUUGUGUUUGCGUCAAAGGCCUGAUCCCGAAAAAGGAGCAGUGUGUAAUCUUCUCAACAGAUGAAGCAGCCAGUGCUAGCGGCACUCAGAAGCUCAUUAAUGUGGUGGUGAUAACAGUGGCAUGUGUGAUCGCCGUCCCCCUGACACUGAUCGUGUGCUGCGGGGCGUUAAAAAAGCGCUGCAAAAAGCUGCUGGGGCGAGAGUCCAAAGAAAUUCAGGACUCGUACGUAACGUUUGAGACCCUGGGCCCCGGGGCCAAAGGUAAAGGGGUGGAGGGCGAGUAUCUGACCAGGAUGAACCCUGAUGAAUCCAACAGGUUGCUCUCAGCGAGGUCCAGUGUUGACUCCGAGGCCACAGCCAGGAAUGAGGGGCCACCUAACGAGUACUUCUGCUAAAACCAAACGAAUGCCUCAACUUCCAGAUGAUGCACUUUGUUUUCUAACGGUUUACGAUGGGAAUAGAUUACUGCUGUGCUCAGAGACUUGAAAGGCUGAGGACAGCGGACACUGAUUGGAUGUAUGGAGUUGUUUUAAAGCCUUGUGGGAAUAAAAACCACCAUUCAUUUGGUGGACCACGAAAAAGGGAAAAUAAACACAGUGACACGGUUCAUUUACAUGUUGUGUACAGUAUGUUUGUAAUAAAUAACUUUUUUUUGUAUUCAUCAUGCACUUUUAAAGUUUGUUUUGCAGAGGGAAAUGUUGCCCUUAACUUUCUGAAAUCAAAUAAUUUCAAUUUUUCCAAAAUGUACCUUCUGCAUUGUGUUAAAAUCUGUUUUAAAAACUAAGUAUUUAGAGAGAUGAUGAAGCAGCAGUUAUGAGUGUAUUUUCUAUGUAAGUACGUUAAUGUGCCAGGUUUAAUGUUGGGUCAAAAAACCUAAAAUAUUGUACAUUUUAUAAUGUGUAAAUAUUUGUGACCAAAAAUAAAUGUCUAUAUACAUGAAUGUACUAUAUAAAAAUAAACAUUUUUCAUAUUGA